GGCUCUUGAUCGGACGGACGGUGUAGGUCCACACCUUGCUCCCGAGUCCCUGACCAAUAUAUGCCGCCCAGCGGCCCCAAUCUCCCCCUACCGUGGCCGACUCCCGACUCAGGCGGUCGCCGAAUCCUCUCUUCGCCGGCGCCGUAGAAGAAGCGCCAGAGAUUCCUUUCCAGCCGCGCCGCGCCGCCCCCCACUGCCCUAGCGUGGAGUGGAGCGGGCAGGAGAUCUGUCCAGGCAAGUAUUGUCCAGAUGAGUUCGAAGAAGGUUCCGUUCAAUCGGCAUAAGGAGAACGAGGAGGCGAGGAAGAAGAGGGAGGAAGAUGAAGCGGCGCGUGUGUACGCGGAGUUUGUCAAGUCAUUCGAGGGUGAGAGCGCGUCUGGGUCAAAGUUCGUCCGAGGGGGUGUUAUCGACCCCAAUGCCAAGCUGAGAGCUGAUUCUGAAGGUGGAAAUUCCAAAGAUAGGGGGUCUGUUCCAAAGAAGGGCAGUAGGUAUGUCCCAUCUUUUGUGCCACCCUCAUUUGGGAGAGAACCGGAGAAAAAGAAGGAAGAUGAGCGGCCAAAGGAAAAGGAAAGAGGAAAGCCACGGGCAAUAGACACUGUCAUGGAGGAAUUGAAGCUGGAGAAAGAGCUUCGCGAAAGGCGUAAUCAAGAACGUGCCAGUAGACAUGGUGACACCUUCGUGCCCUCUAGCCGUUUUGAUGAACUACCAGAUGAAUUUGAUCCCACUGGGAGACUGCCAGGAUCAUUUGAUGAUGGAGAUCCGCAAACCACAAAUUUAUAUGUUGGCAAUCUCUCUCCUAAGGUGGAUGAGAAUUUUCUUCUGCGGACAUUUGGUCGGUUUGGACCUAUUGCAAGCGUCAAGAUCAUGUGGCCUCGAACAGAAGAAGAACGCAAAAGGCAAAGGCAUUGUGGCUUUGUUGCAUUCAUGAAUAGAGCAGAAGGACAGGCAGCCAAGGAUGAAAUGCAAGGUGUUGUUGUGUAUGACUAUGAGCUGAAGAUUGGGUGGGGGAAAUCUGUUGCUCUUCCAUCACAAGCACUACCUGCUCCUCCUCCAGGACACAUGGCGAUCAGAAACAAGGAGGGUGGUACUGUCAUCAUAUCUGGUCCUGGAGGUCCACCUGUUGCAUCUGUUACACAACAAACCUCAGAGCUGGUGCUUACUCCAAAUGUUCCUGAUAUAAUGGUUGCUCCGCCAGAUGAUUCACAUCUUCGGCAUGUGAUUGAUACAAUGGCCCUGCAUGUACUUGAUGGCGGAUGUGCUUUUGAACAAGCUAUAAUGGAACGAGGACGAGGAAAAGCAUUAUUUAACUUCUUGUUUGAUCUUAAAUCUAAAGAACACACAUACUAUGUUUGGCGGUUAUACUCAUUUGCUCAGGGCGAUACUUUACAACGAUGGCGAACAGAACCAUUUAUCAUGAUUACAGGAAGUGGAAGAUGGGUUCCACCUGCUUUGCCAUCCAGCCGAAGUCCUGAUCGUGAAAAAGAAUCUACUUAUGCAGCUGGUAGAACCAGGCGUGUCGAAGUGGAGCGCACAUUGACUGAGACACAACGUGAUGAAUUUGAGGACAUGUUGCGUGCAUUGACAUUAGAGAGAAGUCAGAUAAGGGCAGCUAUGGGAUUUGCAUUGGAUAAUGCUGAUGCUGCUGGAGAGAUUGUCGAGGUUCUUGCAGAAUCUUUGACACUCAAGGAGACACCUAUCCCAACUAAGGUUGCACGGCUUAUGCUAGUGUCUGACAUCCUUCAUAACAGUAGUGCUCCUGUGAAGAAUGCCUCUGCAUUUCGAACCAAGUUUGAGGCUGCUAUACCUGAUGUCAUGGAGAGCUUCAAUGACUUGUAUUGCAGUAUCACAGGAAGGAUUACUGCUGAAGCUCUGAAGGAGAGGGUUUUGAAAGUUCUACAAGUAUGGGCAGACUGGUUCCUGUUUUCUGAUGCAUAUCUGAAUGGGCUAAAAGCUACCUUUCUUAGACCAGGCAACUCUGGGGUCACCUCGUUCCACUCUCUAUGUGGUGAUGCACCAGAAAUUGAAAAGAAAACUAGCUCCGAGGAUAAUAAUGGGUUUAGGCUUGAUGAAGAUGGUGCCCUGGCCACAGGAAAGGCAGCAGCAACGAAGGAGCUGUUGAGUCUUCCACUUGCUGAACUUGAACGUCGUUGUAGGCAUAAUGGCCUCUCACUUUGUGGUGGUAAAGAGACGAUGGUUGCCAGAUUGCUCAGCUUGGAAGAGGCUGAGAAGGAGCAAGUAUAUCAGAAAGACGUUGCCAUGAAAUAUGUACAAGGCGAACCGCAUAGAGCUGGAAGAGAGGAUGUUGGUUUGAAUGCUCGUAGGCUUGGAGAUGGUACUGGUGACAGUGAAUCAGAUAUGCUGGGGCUCUCUCGUCACAGUAUGCAAACAGGCCAAAGACGCUCUAGAGAGUGCGUAUCUGCUGAACCCGAACAAGUUUCAAGCAAGAAGCAGAAAGCUGAUCCUGUUUUGCCAGCUUCUAAAUGGAACCGAGAGGAUAAUGACAAUGAUGAAGAUAGAAUAAAUGGUCAAGGAUUGGGAUUAAGCUAUUCAUCUGGAAGUGAUAUUGCUGGUGAUUCUGGGAAAGUGGACACAACUGAAAUUAGUACCGAUCAGGCAAUUCACCAUCCAGAUACAAUUGUUGAUGAAGAGCAUAGGCAGAAGCUAAGGCAGAUUGAGAUUGCUGUAAUGCAGUAUCGUGAAUCUCUCGAGGAGAAGGGGUUGCAUAGCAUGGAAGAGAUUGAGAGGAAGGUUGCCAGCCACCGGAGGCGCCUUCAAUCAGAUUAUGGUUUGUCUUCAAUAGAUGGUGCAAACAGCAAGCGGUCUUCUGAGAGACUAUCAUUGGAACGGAGAGAAAGGGCGGAUGAUGCACGUGAUUCUUCCAGGAAGCGGCCUCGCAGCCGGAGCAGGAGCCGUAGUCCUUCAAGGAAGUCAUCACUGGAUAGAGACCGAGAGUACAAUCGCAGCAGAGGCAGAUUGCAUGGCAAUGAUGCCGGGAGAGACAGGGCACGUGAAAAAAGCUCAGGCCGAGGGAAGGAUGAUCACCACGAUAGGAGCAGCAGAGACCGGGAAAAGGACAGGAGAACGGGAAGGUGAUCGGAACCUGCUGUGCACUCAUAUGAGCUGGGCUGCCUAAACGCGCCAUGCAUGGGCUCCUCGAACCUGUUUGUAAUGGGGUCAGCUGAGGAACUAUUUUUUGUAGUUUCAGGAACAGAAGUAGUGUUAUCAAACAUCUAAUGUUGACUUUGAAUGAUUGAAAUGCUGCCUAUUGUCGUCAUGGACUGCGGCUUAAUGAACUUGGAUGGCAUCGGUUGCAAGUUUA